GGCAAAGUGGGGGUGAUGUGUGUCUCUUGGGGGAGUCCACAGCCUGUGAGGGCUCGGGUCACGGCAGCCCCUUUGCACCUGCCAUUAACCUGCAGGAAGAGCCAGUCCUGUCUGUGUGUCAGCCUUUCCCCCUUUGGUGGGGUCUCUCCCAGGAAGGCUGCCGGCUGGGUUUCUGACCUCUGCCUCCUCUGUUCCUCCCAGGCCAUCAGCAUCAGCAAAGCCAUCAACACCCAGGAGGCCCCCGUGAAGGAGAAGCAUGCCCGGCGCAUCAUUCUGGGCACCCACCAUGAGAAGGGGGCCUUCACCUUCUGGUCCUAUGCCAUCGGUCUGCCACUUCCCAGCAGCUCCAUCCUCAGCUGGAAGUUCUGCCACGUCCUCCACAAGGUCCUCCGAGAUGGGCACCCCAAUGUGCUGCAUGACUGCCAGCGGUAUCGGAGCAACAUCCGGGAGAUUGGAGACCUGUGGGGGCAUUUGCAUGACCGAUACGGACAGCUGGUGAAUGUUUACACCAAACUCUUGCUGACCAAGAUCUCCUUCCACCUUAAGCACCCCCAGUUUCCUGCGGGCCUGGAGGUGACAGACGAGGUGUUGGAGAAGGCCGCUGGGACUGACGUCAACAACAUCUUCCAGCUCACCGUGGAGAUGUUUGAUUACAUGGACUGCGAGCUGAAGCUCUCUGAAUCAGUUUUCCGGCAGCUCAACACAGCCAUCGCGGUGUCCCAGAUGUCCUCAGGCCAGUGCCGCCUGGCCCCCCUCAUCCAGGUCAUCCAGGACUGCAGCCACCUCUACCACUACACGGUCAAGCUCAUGUUCAAGCUGCACUCCUGUCUCCCUGCGGACACUCUGCAAGGUCACAGGGACCGGUUCCAUGAGCAGUUCCACAGUCUCAGAAACUUCUUCCGCAGAGCCUCUGACAUGCUCUACUUCAAGCGACUCAUUCAGAUCCCCCGGCUGCCCGAGGGACCUCCCAACUUCCUGCGGGCAUCGGCGCUGGCGGAGCACAUCAAGCCGGUGGUGGUGAUCCCAGAGGAGGCCCCAGAGGACGAGGAGCCUGAGAACCUCAUUGAGAUUAGCACGGGUCCCCCAGCUGGGGAGCCAGCGGUGGUGGCCGACCUCUUCGAGCAGACGUUUGGACCCCCCAAUGGCUCCAUGAAGGAUGACAGGGACCUUCAGAUUGAGACCUUGAAGAGGGAGGUGGACUCGCUUCGCGCGGAACUGGACAAGAUCAAGCUGGAGGCCCAGCGGUACAUCUCGCAGUUGAAGGGCCAGGUGAACACGCUGAGUGCGAGCGGGGCCGAGCGGGGCCGGUGGGGGGUGGGCUGGGGCCGCGGGGUGGGCUUCACGGCCUUCCCCUCCUGCACAGAGAGGGCCAGCGCCACGGAGGCGCGCUACAGCAAGCUGAAGGAGAAGCACAGCGAGCUCAUCAACACGCACGCAGAGCUGCUCCGGAAGAACGCAGACACGGCCAAGCAGCUGACAGUGACGCAGCAGAGCCAGGAGGAGGUGGCGCGGGUGAAGGAGCAGCUGGCCUUCCAGGUGGAGCAGGUGAAGCGGGAGUCGGAGAUGAAGCUGGAGGAGCAGAGUGACCAGCUGGAGAAACUGAAGAGGGAGCUGGAGGCCAAGGCUGGAGAGCUGGUGCGCGCGCAGGAGGCCCUGAGCCGCACGGAGCAGAGCGGGUCAGAGCUGAGCUUGAGGCUGGAUGCGCUGAGUGCAGAGAAGGACGAGCUGAGCAGUGCCGUGCGGCAGCGGGAGGAGGACCUGCUGGCGGCCCAGAGCCUGGUUCGGGAGAAGGAGGAGGCGCUGAGCCAGGAGCAGCAGCGUAGCUCCCGGGAGAGGGGCGAGCUGCAGGGGCGGCUAGCGGACAAGGUAGCUGCCCCGCCCCGCCCCAGCGGGUCAGAGCUGAGCUUGAGGCUGGAUGCGCUGAGUGCAGAGAAGGACGAGCUGAGCAGUGCCGUGCGGCAGCGGGAGGAGGACCUGCUGGCGGCCCAGAGCCUGGUUCGGGAGAAGGAGGAGGCGCUGAGCCAGGAGCAGCAGCGUAGCUCCCGGGAGAGGGGCGAGCUGCAGGGGCGGCUGGCGGACAAGGAGUCUCAGGAGCAGCGGCUGCAGCAAAGGCUCCUGGAUGAGCAGUUCGCCGUGCUCCGGAGCACAGCCGCUGAGGCCGAGGGCAUCCUGCGGGACGCGGUGGGCAAGCUGGACGAUCCCCUGCACCUGCGCUGCACCAGCUCCCCGGACUACCUGGUGAGCAGGGCCCAGGCGGCCUUGGAUGCAGUGAGUGCCCUGGAGAAGGGCCACGCCCAGUACCUGACCUCCAGGGCAGACGCCUCUGCCCUGGUGGCAGCGCUGACUCAGUUCACCCACCUGGCUGCGGACACCAUUGUCCACGGCAGCGCCACCUCCCACCUGGCCCCCACUGACCCUGCUGACCGCCUGAUCGACACCUGCAGGGAGUGUGGGGCCAGGGCGCUGGAGUUCAUGGGGCAGCUGCAGGAUCAGCAGGCUCUGCUGCAGGCCCGGCCUGGCCUGGUGCGGGGUCCCCUGCAGGGCAUCCUUCAGCUGGGGCAGGAGCUGAAGCCCAAGAGCCUGGAUGUGCGUCAGGAGGAGCUUGGGGCUAUGGUGGACAAGGAGAUGGCGGCCACGUCUGCGGCCAUCGAAGAUGCCGUGCGGAGGAUCGAGGACAUGAUGAACCAGGCCCGCCAUGCCAGCUCCGGGGUGAAGCUGGAGGUGAACGAGAGGAUCCUCAACUCCUGCACAGACCUGAUGAAGGCCAUCCGGCUGUUGGUGACAACGUCCACCAGCCUGCAGAAGGAAAUUGUGGAGAGCGGCAGGGGGGCAGCCACGCAGCAGGAAUUUUAUGCCAAGAACUCCAGGUGGACGGAAGGCCUCAUCUCUGCCUCCAAGGCCGUGGGCUGGGGAGCCACACAGCUGGUGGAGUCAGCUGACAAGGUGGUGCUUCACACGGGCAAGUAUGAAGAACUCAUCGUCUGCUCCCACGAGAUCGCGGCCAGCACAGCCCAGCUGGUGGCGGCCUCCAAGGUGAAGGCAAAUAAGCACAGCCCCCACCUGAGUCGCCUGCAGGAGUGUUCGCGCGCCGUCAACGAGAUGGCCGCCAACGUGGUGGCCUCUACCAAGUCGGGCCAGGAGCAGAUCGAGGACAGAGACACCAUGGACUUCUCCGGCCUCUCCCUCAUCAAGCUGAAGAAGCAGGAAAUGGAGACCCAGGUGCGGGUCCUGGAGCUGGAGAAGACCCUGGAGGUGGAGCGUGUGCGGCUGGGGGAGCUGCGGAAGCAGCACUACAUGCUGGCCGGGACCGUGGGGGCGCCCGGCGAGGAGGACCCCGGCCGGCCUAGCCCUGCCCCCCGCAGUGGGACCUCCAAGAAGCCGCCCUUGGCCCAGAAGCCCAGUGUGGCUCCCAGGCAGGACCACCAGGACCACCAGCUCGACAAAAAGGAUGGCAUCUGCUCGGCUCAACUCGUGAACUACUAGGCACCCCCGGGGGGUCCAGCGGGGAGGCUGAUGGGCAGGCCCGGGCCCACGUGGCAGAGGAACCUCUGAGAGGCCCAGUCCCCAUGCCAGGUGCCCGAGCCCCCCGCCCCACAGUCCGCAUCAGUGUCCCCAAGGCUCCCAGCCCUUGCUGAGCCUGAGGGCUCAGGACUGACCAGGGCCAAGAGGACCAGUUCUCCUGGACGGAAGCAGCCAGGACCCAGCAGGCCUGAGCCACAGCUCUUCAGGAAAUACACGGAACAGUCUUAAUAUUCU